CGGUUUGUCAGUGUUUUUUUUUUUGUGUUUUUGGUGGCAGGAACAGCAACAGGAAUCAGUUUGUUUCAAGGCGUCGGAGCGCACAGUUCGGAUUGUAUUUGGUAUCCUGUAGAGGCGCUUCUUUCUCGUAUUUUUGCAAGGCUGCGGGUCCUUUCCUCGUGUUUACAGCCCGCAACUGCUGUCAAAACAGUUCCUCUGUUCUGUGUGUGUUGUGUAUUGUGUGCCAUGUCUGUUUUGUGUGUGUGCUUUGAAUAAAUGCUCCUCAGUGCCCCCAAAUGCUGAACUCAUUAGCUAGCCAUCGACUUUUCUACAACGGCCAAAUCAUAGGAGUUACUAUUACUCGUAAAGGAUAUAGAUAGAGUUACGCCGGUCAGGAUGAUUCAGAGACUGACACAUCGUCCCAACUGCAGUCCUCUGGUGGUGUUCAUGUUACUGCUAAUCGACCAGCGAUUGAUGGUGGACUCAAGUGUUCCUGUGCUGCAAAAUCCCUCAGAUGAAUACACAAAGUAUGUGCCGAUUGAGGAAAUGAAAUUGCCAGAGGAUCAGGAGCUGGUUGUGCGACUGCCCUCAAACUCACUGCUCAAGUACACAUCCUACAAGGAUGUCUCCAUCCUGCAUUUCGAUGUUCCACCCGAUUCCCGAACAGCUUACUUCACAUUCAAAGCUUUCGAGGAUCCCAAAAGUGCCUUUCAACGAAAGUGCAAGCCCAAGGAUGUCACGCUGCAUCUGAAGGCGAGCAGUUACCCAGUGAUAAGUCCCGAAAAUAUAACCUUUCCCAAGAACUUCUUUACCACGGAUCAGAGAUUCAAGGUAUAUAAUCUGCAGUUCUUAUCCGAUGAACAGCAGCAGCGUAUCACCAUAGAGGGUCCUCACAUAGGCAACUGGUUUGCAGUGGCUUUUGUGAGUUGGUCAGAUCCCAAUAAUGACCGCAUUGAACAACAAGGACUCACAGCCUCAUGUGACACACUGUUGUCCGCCGAGAUGUCCGUGUCCCGAUUCCGUCCGAUUAUCAUAAACAAUGGCCAGGAGCAUCAGGACAAUCUAACUAGUCAUGUUCUGGGCUCCGAGCCCAGUGGAGUUAAUGGAACCAAUAUCAAGGAGGGAGCAUCCAGACUCCUGCGCUCCAUUCCGCCCAAGCAGCAACAGAGGACAACAACAGCUGUUGUCGAAUCGAAAGCUGCUCAAUUUCAGAAUAUCACGGAAAACCACAACAGCACACCGACCGCAAACAAUGAAAUCAUUUACAGAUUCUAUGUGCCAGACGAUAUAGGCGAUGCCACGGUCCGGAUAACAUUCGACCAAGUCUGCGACGACUGUCCGGCGGUGGGCUUCCAUGUGCGGGCCAAUGGAUACCCAAUGGGCGGUACUACGGAUCAGAGCCAUGGCCAUGGGACCAUCAUCCGGCCAAACCAGACGACGGAAAUCUCUAUUCCGUUCGGCGUGCAGCCAAAUGCCUGGCACUAUGCCCUGUUGACCUUUGUCAACGGGGCGGAUGAAUCGGAAAUACCAGUCGAAAGCAGCAAUCAUAGUUUAUCGUAUGCUUUGCAAAUUGAUUACAUAGCCGAAGAGCCGGUUAGCCUGGCGGAGAAACCAAAGAGUCUUACGAACACCUCCAACAGUUCCACUCCGAAUCCCUGGGAACCCACCAAAUUCCGUCAAAUGAACUUUUACUCGCUGCUACGGCAGACGUACCGCGAAUUCUUUAUGUUCGACUACGAUCUGCGGCCGGACGUCAAUGGCACGGUGCCCGAAACACUCAAUCUCACGGCCAAAACCCAUUCUGGAUUUUCCUUUGACCUGGGCGAAGUUUCGGACAUCGGUGGGACCUUAACCUUCGCCAUUUCCAUGAAGGAGUCGCAUCGCGCCAGUUUGCGGUUGAGCCCGCCCACUCAGUCACCGGAUCUGGGCGGUAUCCUGGCCGAGCGGCUGAUCGGGGAUCCCAAGGAGGAGGUAGUGCCCGCCAUCAAAACAUCCAGCAACCAGAGCAUGCAGAUUGUCGUCUGCAUGCAGCUGGGUGAGCCAGGCGAGCCGGAAUAUCCGGACAAGUGUCGCUACGGACAGCGGCUGAAGCAGGCCUCCAUUAUUGUGAACCACACGGAGAACAUGGGCCUGGUCCACGUACCCUUCCCCGAGAGCGGACGAUGGUAUGUGACCAUGGGCUUGUUCUGUCACGGAUCCGGAACCGCUCGAGUGUCCAUCAUGGAGAGCGUGAAGGAGUUUAUCAGGAAGCACCAGGACAUGUUGGGGGAUAUGCGUUCCCCAUGUGACUGUGCCGAAUCUGUACCCCGCUACACAGACUGUUUGAAAUCACCGGAUUGCCUGGAGGCAAUGAACGAAACCGAGACGCUAAAGGUGAAGGAGUGCAUUAUGGACGACAAGUGCAGCAGCAAUUCCAAGCAGAUGACGCGGCUCUUCGUCGAGCACCACAAGGCGGCCAUGGAGCAGCAUGUGGCGGUGGAGAACUGCAAUACCUCGGUGGUCUUUUCGGUGUCCUCCAGUCCCUGUGUGGCGGGGAGAUGUGGACGCUUUGGGCGGUGCUAUCACUACAUGUCCGGCGGAUUCGUAUUCUCCACAUGCGUCUGCUCGAAGGGCUAUCGCGGAUGGGAUUGCACGGAGGACUCGCAGGUGCCCACCAACAUGUCCAUUCUGAUGGCCACCCUGCUGCUGACGCUGAGCAACCUGCUCUUCUUCCCGAGCAUCUACAUGGCGGUCAAGAGGCGCUACUACACCGAGGGCGUCAUCUACUUCUUCGCCAUGUUCUUCUCGAUUUUCUACCACGCCUGCGACGCUGGCGAGGAUGAGUACAGCUUCUGCCUGGUGAAGAUCGGGGUGCUGCAGUUCUGCGACUUCUACUGCGGCCUGCUGAGCAUCUGGGUGACCCUGGUGGCCAUGGCUCAUGUCCGUUCGGAGUUUGUCUCUCUGCUGCAUAUGUUUGGAGCCAUUCUGUUGGCCUUUGGAACGGAGCUGAAUAAGCAGAGCUUGUGGGUAUUCCUGGCCCCGGCUCUAACGGGGAUCUGCCUGAUCUCGACCAGCUGGGGACUGAGAUGUGCCAAGUCAAGGAAGCUAUUCCCCUCGCGAAGAUACCUCUCGGUGUGGCUGCCCUUCGGUCUGACCCUCGUGGUCGCCGGCCUGGUGUGCUAUGCCUUCCUGCAGACCAAGCAAAAUUACCACAUUGUCCACUCCAUCUGGCACAUGGUGAUGGCGCUGAGCAUCCUCUGCCUGCUGCCCUCCAGAAAGUCCUUCCUGCCGAAGUGCUAGCACGCGGCGUACAGUUCCCACGCCAGGGAGCUCCUGCUGGCUCAGGAUCAGGAGUUCCACAUGUGAGUGGAAAUAGGUGACUCGAUAGCUUUCCCUCGCUAACCCAGGGAAACAACAACGUUACAGGACCUUAACUAGUACGGUAGAAUAAAAACCCUAUUUUAGUUUGUACAUAACAAUACUCAUAGAUGUAGUUGCUAAACUAAAGAGAUCGCGGAAUUGAUCAACUGAGCACUGAAUGUUCACUAAAUGGAUGCACGGAUAAAUAGAUGGAUACAGUUACUCAAUCGUUAUGAUGUUCGUUUACCUAUCCUUUGCCAUGAAAAUCUAUGCACUAAGACCUAAAAACAUAAACUUUCUAGAAACUAUUUCAACAGCCUUAUUAAAUGUAAUGAAUGUAUCCCAUAACUUAUAGUGUAUAUACAUAAAUACUUGUUGUUAGAUAAAUCGCAGACUGUAAGAUUAGCUAAUAAAUAGGACCUAAUCUAAAAUAUCGUCUGCACUUAUUUAAAAUAAUCAAUUUAUUGAUAUUGGAUAUUGAAGAAAUUGAUAUACAAAAUUCGAGACUUCAAUUUGUGUUUUGUUGCGGAAAACGUU